GUGAACGUGAAGCAAUAAUCAAAGGAACUCCAAGAAAAUAUGCAGAAAUAUAUACAGCAUGUUGGCAAGGAAACCCAGAUCUCCGUCCAUAUAUUCAUCAAGUUAUGCAAGACUUGCACAAAGUAGAUAUAACUGACACUAUUGAAGAUAUUGCUAUUUCAACAGAUCAAACUAUUAAUGAGCUACAAAAUGACGAUUCAUUACAUUCAAAUGAACUUCCAUUAUCAGCGCGAAUUAAUAGUUUAAACAACCAUUUAAAUGAUUAA